AUGGGGCAAGACCGGGCAGAUGCCAUUUUACUCUGGACGGAGGAGCUUCGUGUUGACUUACAGAUGGAGUUUUUGAGGGUUAACUCCUACCAGAUAUCCAGGACAACAUCUUCAUAUCCCACUUAUCUUCCAGUACCUCCCCACAAGGACGACAGUCUGCCAGUACCUCCCCACGAGGACGACAGUCUGCCAGUACCUCCCCACGAGGACGACAGUCUGCCAGUACCUCCCCACGAGGACGACAGUCUGCCAGUACCUCCACACGAGGGCGACAGUCUGCCAGUACCUCCCCACGAGGACGACAGUCUGUCAGUACCUCCACACGAGGACAACAGUCUGCCAGUACCUCCACACAAGGACAACAGUCUGCCAGUACCUCCCCACGAGGACGACAGUCUGCCAGUACCUCCACACGAGGACGACAGUCUCCCAGUGCCUCCCCACGAGGACGACAGUCUGCCAGUACCUCCCCACGAGGACGACAGUCUCCCAGUGCCUCCCCACGAGGACGACAGUCUCCCAGUGCCUCCCCACGAGGACGACAGUCUCCCAGUGCCUCCCCACGAGGACGACAGUCUCCCAGUGCCUCCCCACGAGGACGACAGUCUCCCAGUGCCUCCCCACGAGGACGACAGUCUCCCAGUGCCUCCCCACGAGGACGACAGUCUGCCAGUACCUCCACACGAGGACAACAGUCUGCCAGUACCUCCACACAAGGACAACAGUCUGCCAGUACCUCCACACGAGGACAACAGUCUGCCAGUACCUCCACACGAGGACAACAGUCUGCCAGUACCUCCACACGAGGACGACAGUCUGCCAGUACCUCCACACGAGGACGACAGUCUGCCAGUACCUCCACACGAGGACGACAGUCUGCCAGUACCUCCACACGAGGACAACAGUCUGCCAGUACCUCCACACGAGGACAAGUCUGCCAGUACCUCCACACGAGGACAACAGUCUGCCAGUACCUCCACACGAGGACGACAGUCUGCCAGUACCUCCACACGAGGACAACAGUCUACCAGUACCUCCACACGAGGACAACAGUCUGCCAGUACCUCCCCACGAGGACGACAGUCUGCCAGUACCUCCACACGACACCUCUUAAAGGACUGGUUUAGGGUUGAGUGUCCGUGUGAAGAAAGUGACCGCAUUCAAGAGCGCCAGGAGGCAAGAGUCACGCUGCAGCAGGCUCCAGGAAUAUCAAAUUCCCUAAGUAUUGGGAACAGGUUGAGGGCUGUAAGGGGUGUCACAGGUUACAUAACAGUAUUAGGAAGUUUAAAAGUAAAUAAGAUACAAGAAAUAAGUGAAAAAAUUAUUGAAGACAUGUUAAAGAAUUAUGAACAAAAAGUACGUGAAUUAGAACAAGAAAAUGGAGCGCUCAGGAAUGAGUUUUGCACUUUAAAAGGAAGUAUUCUUCAGCAAAGUAAGAUAAAUACCGUAUUGACGGACAAGGUUAAGAUACAGAAAGAACAAAUCAAGGAACCAGUGAAAGAAAAUGAGUCCCCAAGUGGUCAUGUGAAGGCCCACUUGGGGCCUGUGCCCAAGACGGUUCACACUUUAGUACCUCUCACAAAUAUUAGUCACAAAAAGUUUGCGAGUAGUGUUUGA